UGGACAACAGGUGGCGCUGCAGGUGACAAACGCAACAGCAACAAGGAAGCGAAAGGCACGGCCUUCGAAAUAAAAGCAGAAAGCUUAAAGCGUCCAAAAGGAACAAUCAAUCCGCAAGGCCUCAUUACCAACCACGGCAAGCAGACAGCCACCGAGGGUCCAGUUUGUCACUUCAAUUAUGGUGCACAACAACAAAUUCAUCUAGCCAUGCCCAUCCAUCUGUACCAGCAGCGGAAUCCAAUGUAGCGUUGCAGAGGAUUUAUUUUGAAGAGUUUGGCCGGAAGUUCCGCCCUGUCGUCACACUGGGUUACCAACCGUUGAACAGAUCUCAGACGUGUAGUUCAGGCAACCAGGUAGUGCCUACGGAUAACAGCAUCAACACCCCGUUAUGAAAGAUGGUAUGGAUUACCAUUGCAGUUUAUGGAUUUAUUUUUCUCUGACGCCGGAAUUACUCAGAUGUUUUUUGUUCUAAUAAUGACUUAUGACGUGUUUUUACCUCAGUGAACACAGCCAAAGCUAGUUCAUCGAUCGCCUGAAGGGGGAAACGUCAGAUUAGCUAGAAGCGUGAUUUGAUCCGUCGGAAACAGACCCACCAAACUGCCUGAAAACAUGUCACCAGUACCCGUCCUUCCGCUGGUGAUCAACUGUUUCAUGUCUGCACUCGGCUGUCUGGCCACAGCGAAACUCAUUCCUGCUUUCAAAGCCCAUUUCAUCUCAGCCAGAUUGUACGGAAUGGACCUAAACAAAACCUCCAAAAAGGAAGUUCCAGAGUCUCAAGGAGUCAUCAGUGGGACAGUCUUCCUCAUCAUCCUCUUCUGCUUCAUCCCAGUGCCUUUCCUUAGCUGCUUUGUAGGAGAUCAGUGCAUGGGCUUCCCACAUGAUGAGUUUGUACAGCUGAUCGGUGCACUUCUGGCCAUCUGUUGCAUGAUCUUCCUGGGCUUUGCUGAUGACGUGCUGAACCUGCGGUGGAGACACAAGCUCCUGCUUCCCACAAUGGCUUCCCUGCCGCUGCUCAUGGUCUAUUUUACCAACUUUGGCAACACGGUGAUUGUGGUGCCCAAGCCCUUCAGAGCCCUGCUUGGGCUGCACUUGGAUCUGGGUCUUCUCUACUACGUCUACAUGGGAAUGCUUGCAGUAUUCUGCACAAAUGCCAUCAAUAUCCUAGCAGGCAUCAACGGCAUCGAGUCAGGUCAAGCCCUGUUUAUCUCCGGCUCCAUCAUCAUCUUCAACCUGCUGGAGCUCAGUGGAGAUUACCGUGAUGACCACGUUUUCUCCCUCUACUUCAUGAUACCAUUCUUCUUCACCACAUUAGCACUUUUUUACCACAACUGGUACCCCUCAUCUGUCUUUGUGGGAGACACUUUCUGCUAUUUUGCCGGGAUGACCUUUGCUGUAGUCGGCAUAUUGGGACACUUCAGCAAAACUAUGCUGCUUUUCUUCAUUCCUCAGGUGGUUAACUUUAUCUACUCCUUGCCUCAGCUUUUUCACAUCAUCCCCUGUCCCAGACACCGACUCCCCAGACUGAAUCCAGACACAGGCAAACUGGGGAUGAGCUACUCUAAAUUCAAAAGAAAGGACCUUUCUAGCUUAGGACACUUCAUUCUGCAGGUGGCAGAGUUAUUAAAGCUGCUCGAGGUGCGAAGAGGCCAGGGGGGAGAUGAUGAUUUUAUUGAGUGCAACAACAUGACUUUAAUAAAUCUGGUUUUGAAAUUACUCGGUCCCGUCCAUGAGAGAAAUCUCACAGUCAUCAUGCUCAUCAUGCAGGUGAUGGGCAGCGCAGUGGCUUUUGGGAUCCGUUAUCACCUGGUGCGUCUCUUCUAUGACGUCUAGACAGCUCGCGGGGAAACAGGAGAGAAAGCUGACUGAGAACAUAUGAUAUUGUUGGGGAACUAUUUUACAGGCUCGUGGUUCAUCUGCCUUUUAAUAGAUUCCAUUAUGUCACUGUUACUUUUCUGCCUCAACUUCAACCUGCAGUAAAGACUCAGUGCAAGGUUUAAAGCAAUGUUUCAACAGCAGUACUGUUUGUUAUUCUCCUUUGGAUUUCGGUAAUUACAAGCAGGAAAAUAUGACUGGAUUGGAAUAAUCUUGUGUGUCCACCCUGAAAGUAUAUUUUUGUACUGGGUUUUUUAAAAGAAAGUACAUGAAGUGGGGAUGAGUUUCGAUCUCCAGGGCAGACUCUUCCUAAAUUUGAUGACAGAUAUAUGGAUGUAGAAGUGCUCUACAAAGAUUAAAAAAUAUAUAUAUUAACAUAGUGGUCCCUUGCUUGAAUCUGCUGUUGAAGAAAAAAUGGCAGAGGGAAUUUUACCCACUCACACUUCAGUUUGCAUGACAUCAGUCCAUGUAACAUGGGUGGGAAAGUUAGUAUAAUUUUUUUUUGCUUGCUUGUUGGUUUUUACCUCUGAACACAUGCACUCAGAAUGGUGAUUGUGAAGAAAAGCAAUGAAAAGAUAAGGAAGUAAUUAAGAGUCUGACGACUAUCAUAGGGAUUUGGUGGAGGCAGGUAAACAGAGUGGAUAUUAGAAGAGAUGAAAUGAGAUCCUAGUGUCUGGAUUGUUGUAAAAGUUACUGAAGAACAAUGGAAGGUGAAGGGUGACUACAAUAAUGGAAAUGGAUUGUUUUUACCUUUCUCGGUAUUAUUUGAUACAUAUCUGUAUUUUUAUGACUAACAUGCAUUUCCUCCAAAGGUUCAGCAAACAUCAAUGUGAAGUCAACUGGCACUGGAAUUGUUUAGGAAUGUAACUACAUGUAAGAGACUGUUUACUGUUGAGAUGGAAGCCUCAAAUUCGUAAAUUAAAGCUGAGAAAAUUAAAAUAUAAGACUCUGCCAUCAUUAUUAUUUGCAGCGGUGGAAUUAGUAUUCAGAUCCUUAAGAAGAAGUAGCAAUACCACAAUGCAAAAAUACUAUAAUAGUAAUAAUAUUAAAUGUACUACAUAGCUAAUUGUAGCUUUUUACAGAUAUAUUGACAUAGGUGUAUAUGCCAGCCAAUAGAUAACAAGAAAUUGCAGUGCAUAAAUGCCAAUGAUAUCUUUAAAGUACAUACAACAUUGUCAAAGGUAUUUACUGUUAUGAACUAAAAGUUUAAAUUGAAAAAAAUGCCCAAGAAUUCGAUGUCAGCCUCAAAAAUCUAGUAUCAGUGGGCUCUACUAAUUUAUGCAGUGUUGGGUGUUUUAAUCUUUAACAAUGCAUGAACUAAUGAUGUUUUAUAUGAAAAAUCCUAAUCUGCAAUUAACAAAUAAAUGUAGUGUAAAAUGUACCAUAUUUGCCUCUGAAAUGUCGUCGAGUAGAAGUAAACAAGCAUAAAAUGAAAGUACUUAAGUGAGGUACAACAGAAGAAAAAUUGUUUUUAUGUACUGAACUCGUGUAAAUGUAUGUAAUUACUUUCCAGCAUAAAUGGUUUCAAAUGUUGAUGGAAAAUGAGGUCUGAGG